GUUAGAGGCCAUCAAGGUCUUUUUGUCUGUUUGUAUGUAAAUAUAAUUACACUGUAAUUUUACAGAAAAUCUAAACAUGUAAUGAUGCCAUAGACCGUGUUACUACAUGUUACUGACACGUCUGUAAUUCUGAGCGGUCCAUGCAGACCUAUAUUAAAGCUGAGAGUCUGAACGUCACUGAUGGUCUGAGAGUCAUCUGAGGUGAAGCAAAACUAUAAACAAUAAAUCAUGUGUAAUGCUGCUAUGACACUUUUAACCCCCGAUAGCAUGAGAGGAACCACAACAGGAAACCGACACAACAGAUAAUACAAAAAAGAUUUUUUUCAGCAUAUACACACACACACACACACACACACACAGCCUUUAAUCUUACAGCAGCAACCCCCAAAUGUUAUAAAGCUCUGUCUCCAAAGGAGGUAUAAAUAAGGUUCAGUGUGAAUAAAGGGGACGUGACGGGGUCUUCAGCAGAAAAAUGGAAAAAUUCAGCCUUUCAUUUUUUAUCACAGUGUGAGAGGAAGCUGAGACAAAGAGCGGACGUCACACACACACACACACACACAGAGGGCAGGGUAAAGAGGAAGGCUCGCACUGGGGUUUCUCACUGCUUCGUAUUUCUCUUUAAUUGCAGCGUUUAGUGUUUGUUGGAUCAUCGCCCUCGUCAUCCUCGUCCUCACCUGUGCAGCCUCAGCAGCCGGCUUCAUCAUCCGCCGCCACACCUGUGAGUCUUCUGAUCGGAGCUUUUGCUGUAGCGCUGACUUGGACAGUCAGAAGACACUGACUCUGAAGACUGUUUCAACGUUUCAGGCUGGAAACAGAGGCUGAAGCUCAGAGGUGGCACUUUGAACCUUCAGUGAACGAAAAUGAUCUACUCUGCAAAGAAUUUGAUGUCAUACACCACGGAGAUAUUCAACCAAUCAUACACCACGGAGAUGUUCAACCAGUCAUACAACCAAACCAAAGAUGAAGAAGAAAACUACGAUUAUGAUGGGUUUUGUCAGUUUCAAAAAAACCAGAGUAUGGCGAAGGUGAUUGGCCCGUAUGUCCACUCCAUCAUCUGCAUCCUAGGCUUUGUGGGGAACAGCCUGGUCAUUGUCACCUACGCCUUCUACAAGAGGACCAAGUCCAUGACUGACAUCUACUUGUUCAACGUGGCCAUCGCCGACCUGCUGUUUGUGCUGGCACUACCAUUCAUUGUCUACAACGAGCUGUGGUCAUGGCCGAUGGGGCAGGUGGCCUGCAAGCUGCUGCGCGGCUCCUACAGUGUGAACCUGUACAGUGGCAUGCUGCUGCUUGCUUGCAUCAGCACCGACCGCUACAUUGCCAUCGUCCAGGCUCGGCGCAGCUUCAGACUGCGCUCGCUGUCGUAUAGCCGCAUUAUCUCCGCCAUUGUCUGGAUCUUUGCUAUACUCGUGUCAGUCCCCACCUUCUACUUCUACGACUGGUACAAGCCAUCACACAUGACUGGAAUCAUAUUCAACGAUGAUAUCUCAAUGCAGAUGCUGAACUCAACCUCUGAGUACGUCUGCGAGUUCAAGUUUGAAGACCCAAAAACAGCCAAAGAGGUGAAGGUAGCCGUCCCCAGCACCCAGAUCAGCGUGGGUUUCUUUCUGCCACUCUUCAUCAUGAUCUUCUGCUACAGUGCCAUUAUCGUCACCCUCCUGAAGGCCAAAAACUUCCAGCGGCACAGAGCGGUGCGGGUGGUGCUGGUGGUUGUGGCCGUUUUCAUCAUCUGCCACCUGCCCUACAACAUAGUGCUGCUGUACGACACGGUCACCUUGUUUCAAGAACGCUCGUGUGAUGAUGCAGAAACAUUGGAGAUGGCCCUGAAGGUGUUGCAGACCAUUGCUUACAUGCACUGCUGCCUGAACCCGGUGUUGUACGCCUUCGUGGGAGUGAACUUCAGGAACCACUUCAGGAGGAUCUUCAGGGACCUGUGGUGUCUUGGAAAGAAGUACAUGGCCCCACGCCGCUUCUCCAGAGUCACCUCCGACUUCUACAUGUCCUCCACUCGGCGCUCAAUGGACGGGUCCAGCAACAGUGGUGCUUCUUUCACCAUUUGAAGACAUUUGUGGGUUGAUCUCUGAAGCUCCAGGUCUCUAACACCGAAACUGACUCACUUCUGUCACACCGAUAAGAUUCUUAAAAUCCAGAGAAAAAUAUUUAGAAGAUAAAGAGUUCUAACCCCAUGCUGCACCUCUUGUUCUACUUCAUUAUUUUAAUCAUGAAAUAUUCCAACUCCUGCAUUUUCUUUUUGUGUGUGAUUAUUUUGUGAGUGAUGACUGAAGAUGAGUCUCCCACAGAGCCUCCUGCUGUCUUUACUACACAAAUGAAGCCCAGAGCUCAUCAUUUCCUGCACCUGCAGAUGAUGAGCUCUAAGCGAGGAUAAAAAAUGACCUUGGAAGAGCUGACUGAUGUGUUCCUGAAAAGACUGAUGGCGACUCGAAACUUCGUGUCCUCUGAAGGUCUCAGAAAGGAUACUGAAACAGGCUCUGAUGUUCAGUCCUGCACAGCUGAAAUAUUCCUGUGCUAAAAUAGCCAUGUGACCUGCAUAGGCAGCAAUAAUUAGCUGCCUCUCCAGUGAGUCCCUCCUCCCACAACUUUCAUGCCCGCUGGUCCUGGUUCUGCUCAUGAUCCAGUUCUUCACCUGCUGCACCAUUUGGUUAGAAAGACCCUCCAGAACAGAACCAGAACUAAAGCCACCCCAAUCGCACCAUCAGUACCAAGAACCCCGACACAAGCACAUGAAUUUUCAAAUUAAGAGCGAGGGGGAUUGUCCAAUCCCCAACACACCUGAUCAGCUCAUUGUAGUAAACUCGCCGUCAGACCAGCACCUUCAAGCUCCAUUUGGUCUCCUAAACAUCAUCAGAGUCAAAACCAACAUGUUUGGUGACAAUGUCUGUGAUUGCUUUGUGAAAGCUUUUAAAGAGCUGUUUUUACUGGAAUCAUUGCCAGCUGCCACCCAUAGAUGUGGAUUCAUAAAUGAUGGCUGGCAUGGCCUGAAAUACUUGUCAUCAGCGUCAGGGCUCAGGCUUACAGAUUGGUUGUGUUGCAGCCAGAUGCUCACUGUUACAGUGAUUCUGUCAUGUAAGUGUGUCACACAGUAAAAGAUAUCCAUAAAAGGGACGAGCCUACCCUGAACCUUGACCCGUUAGAAGGUUACUCACCAGACUAACUGGACAUUGACCAUUAAAGCCUACCAACAAACAACAGCUGAUAGGCUCCACCAUCCACAUGAGACUGCAGGCAUGUUUCGAAUCCUUUUUUUAACAUUUUGUACUUAAGAAUGUAUUUUUUAUGUUUAUUUGCCGUUUGUCAUUUCAUUCAUUCAGCUGUGCUAGUAGUCUGCAUUGAUGUGAAUGUGUAAUCCUAAUCUGCUCAUGGGUGAUUUCCAGGAUUAAGAAUUUAAACUUUUCAGAGGUUUUCACAUCCUCAUUUAAACCCUGAUGAAAUUCAGUUUUUCAAUUUUAAUUUUGUCUCAAGGCACAUACAUUUAGAAAACUCGGCUUUUCUUCAUAUCCAACUCUUAUUUGUUGUGAUUCCUCUCAUCUUUUUUUUAAAAAUUCCUGUUCAUACCUGUGUUUAUUAUUGUGACAGUGAAUGUAUCCUUUGAAUGUAAUAUUACAGCUGAGCUGUCAGAUUUGUGCCUUUCAAAAUAAAUGCAGUUUAUUUCAUCUAUA